AUGGGUUCGUCCAUCAACAUUGUCGGGGGGGAGGGUGAAAAAAAGCGCAAGGCGGACGAGAUCUCCGAGGCCGCUGAGAAAUUGCUGCGUGAACGCCGCGAAGAAGAAGCAGCGCGCAAGGCUGAAGAGGCGGAGCGGGCUGCUCAAGAAAAGCAGCGUCGAUUGCGCGAAGUUGAAGCAGCAGCGCGCGCGCAAAGUGCGGAAUUGUCCGGUGCUGCGACGACGACGUGGAAGUCUGAAGAGCCCGCGACGAUGUUCAAUUUGUGGACGACUCGACCGAAGCGUUCAAUGGACGGAGUUGGCAAGACAACGUUCGAUUACGUAUGCAGAGCCACGAGCGACGUCAAUUUCGUCGACGAAGCCGACAAAGCAGGCAUGCCAGCGCGGGUGUUCGAAGCCAACGCGUAA